UCCCCCAGCUACGUCAGAAGCUCCCCGGCCGGCUCCGAGUCCUGUCGGUGGGUGCAGCAGGAUGCUGGUGGAAGCAGAGGGGGCCGACCGGGUGCCUCCGCAGCUCGGCUGGCAGGACCCGGCGGGACGUGUGCCGCUGCUCGUGCAAGUCCCCCCGCCCCGCGCCUCCCCAUGCAGCCCUGGCAGUGCCUCCGGCGCUUUGCCCUGGCCUGGUGGGAGCGGACAGCCGAGGGCCGCUCCCGCUCUCCUAGGGAGGAGGCUGGACCGAGGGACCCCGGGGGCCGAGGGGAACCAGAUCCAGAGCGGAGUAGCCCCCCCAUGCUGUCUGCUGAUGAUGCCGAGUACCCGCGGGAGUACCGGACCCUGGGGGGUGGGGGUGGCGGGGGCAGCGGGGGCCGGCGCUUCUCCAACGUGGGGCUGGUACACACGUCUGAGCGGCGGCACACGGUGAUCGCCGCCCAGAGCCUGGAGGCGCUCAGCGGACUCCAGAAGGCCGAUGCGGACCGCAAGCGUGAUGCCUUCAUGGACCACCUGAAGAGCAAGUACCCGCAGCACGCCCUGGCGCUCAGGGGCCAGCAGGACAGGAUGCGAGAGCAGGUUGGCGGCUGGACCGUGGACCCUGUGUGCCUCCUCAGCUCCCUCUGCUCCCACCUCCAUGGCGACUCCGCCCCCUCCGGGGCUGGCCAGCCGGCCCAGCAGCCAAACUACUGGAGCUUUAAGACCCGCAGCUCGCGCCACACUCAGGGAGCCCAGCCCGGGCUGGCAGACCAGGCAGCCAAGCUGUCAUAUGCCUCAGCUGAGUCGCUGGAGACCAUGUCUGAGGCUGAGCUGCCCCUGGGCUUCAGUAGGAUGAACCGCUUCCGUCAGAGCCUGCCCCUCUCCCGCUCUGCAAGCCAGACCAAGCUGCGCUCGCCAGGGGUACUGUUCCUCCAGUUCGGGGAGGAGACUCGGCGCGUGCACAUCACGCACGAGGUCAGCAGCCUGGACACGCUGCACGCGCUCAUCGCGCACAUGUUCCCGCAGAAGCUCACCAUGGGCAUGCUCAAGUCGCCCAACACCGCCAUCCUCAUCAAGGACGAAGCGCGCAACGUCUUCUACGAGCUGGAGGACGUCCGGGACAUCCAGGACCGCAGCAUUAUCAAGAUCUACAGGAAGGAACCUCUCUAUGCUGCUUUCCCUGGCUCACACCUCACCAACGGGGACCUCCGGAGAGAGAUGGUGUAUGCAUCGCGGGAAUCGUCCCCCACGCGGCGCCUCAACAACCUGUCUCCAGCGCAGCACCUGGCCUCGGGCUCGCCCCCACCGGGGCUCCCUUCGGGGUUGCCGUCGGGGCUGCCAUCGGGCUCGCCCUCGCGCUCUCGCCUGUCCUACGCCGGGGGGCGCCCUCCUUCCUAUGCGGGCAGCCCGGUGCACCAUGCGGCCGAGCGGCUGGGAGGCGCCCCUGCCGCCCAGGGCGUGAGUCCCAGUCCCAGCGCCAUCCUGGAGCGGCGCGACGUGAAGCCCGACGAAGACCUGGCGGGCAAGGCCGGCGGCAUGGUGCUGGUGAAGGGCGAGGGCCUCUACGCCGACCCCUACGGUCUGCUCCACGAGGGCCGCCUGAGCCUGGCCGCGGCUGCCGGCGACCCGUUCGCCUACCCCGGCGCGGGAGGCCUGUACAAGCGCGGCUCGGUGCGCUCGCUCAGCACCUACUCCGCUGCCGCGCUGCAGUCCGACCUGGAGGACUCCCUGUAUAAGGCGGCGGGCGGCGGCCAGCUCUAUGGUGACAGCUACGGCUUCCGCCUGCCGCCCUCGUCGCCGCAGAAGCUGACCGACGUGGCGGCGCCCCCGGGAGCCCCUCCGCAGCCGCACAGCCCCUACUCGGGGCCUCCCAGUCGCGGCUCACCUGUGCGACAGUCCUUCCGCAAAGACUCAGGCUCCUCGUCUGUCUUCGCCGAGAGCCCUGGAGGCAAGACCCGCAGCACCGGGGGCUCCUCAACGACCGGUGCUCCCCCUCCCGAGCUCUUCCCAGGGCCUGGGGACCGCCCGCUCGUCGGGUUUGGUCCGCCGGUGCCGGCCAAGGACACGGAGACCAGGGAACGCAUGGAGGCCAUGGAGAAGCAGAUCGCCAGCCUCACAGGCCUGGUGCAAAGUGCUCUACUUCGUGGCUCAGAGCCUGAGACACCCAGUGAGAAGAUUGAAGGCUCCAAUGGAGCAGCCACUCCCUCAGCACCCUGCGGGUCAGGAGGCAGGAGCAGUGGGGUCACCCCAGUGUCUGGCCCUCCAGCACCCUCAGCCAGCAGCACCCCCGCAGGGCAGCCCACUGCUGUCAGCCGACUGCAGAUGCAGCUGUAUCUGCGUGGCCUGCAGAGCAGCACCAGUGACCUGCGCAAUCAGCUUCAGCAAUUGAGGAAACUCCAGCUCCAAAACCAGGAGUCGCUGCGCGCGCUGCUGAAGGGCACGGAGGCGGAGCUGAGCAUGCGCGUGUCAGAGGCAGCGCGGCGGCAGGAGGACCCGCUGCAGCGGCAGCGCACUCUGGUGGAGGAGGAGCGGCUGCGCUACCUCAACGACGAAGAGCUAAUCACCCAACAGCUCAAUGAUCUGGAGAAGUCAGUGGAGAAGAUCCAGAGAGAUGUGUCCCACAACCACCGGCUGGUCCCUGGGCCUGAGCUGGAGGAGAAGGCACUGGUGCUGAAGCAGCUUGGAGAGACACUGACUGAGCUCAAAGCUCACUUCCCAGGCCUGCAGAGCAAGAUGCGGGUGGUGCUGCGCGUGGAGGUGGAAGCCGUCAAGUUCCUGAAGGAGGAGCCCCAGCGCCUAGAUGGGCUGCUCAAGCGCUGCCGUGGGGUCACUGACACACUGGCUCAGAUCCGAAGGCAAGUGGAUGAGGGCUUGUGGCCACCCCCCAACAACCUCCUGAAUCAGUCCCCCAAGAAGGUGAUGGCCGAGACUGACUUCAGCAAGAACUUGGAGUUUGAAAUGCCACCUCCCAGCCCUCUGAUAAGUCUCCAUGAGCUGAGUGGACCCACUGAAGGGGUCCCUCCUGUCCCCAAGGGGAGCAACCCUACCAAAGUCCUGGACACUUCUGGCAAGAGAAGCAUGGACAAGGCUGUGUCUGUUGAGGCUGCUGAGCGGGACUGGGAGGAGAAACGGGCAGCCCUGACCCAGUACAGUGCUAAGGACAUCAACCGGCUGCUGGAAGAGACACAGGCGGAGUUGCUGAAGGCCAUCCCUGAUCUGGACUGUGCGAGCAAGGUCCACCCGGGUGUGGCCCCCACGCCUGACCACAAGCCCCCCAAAGUCCCCCAUGGUCAGAAGACAGCUCCCAGAACGGAGCCCAGCGGGAGGAGGGGCUCAGAUGAACUUACGGUGCCCCGCUACCGCACAGAGAAGCCCUCAAAGUCUCCUCCGCCACCCCCUCCCCGCCGGAGCUUCCCCUCCUCUCAUGGCCUAACCACCACACGCACAGGGGAGGUUGUGGUCACCAGCAAGAAGGACUCGGCCUUCAUCAAGAAGGCUGAAUCCGAGGAGCUGGAAGUACAGAAGCCACAGGUGAAACUGCGCCGGACAGUGUCGGAGGUGGUGCGCCCAGCCUCCACGCCUCCCAUCAUGGCCUCUGCCAUUAAGGAUGAGGAUGACGAGGACCGCAUCAUCGCAGAGUUGGAGGUGUUUGAGAGAAGCUCAGUGUCUUCUCUCCCCCCUACGCCCCGCCGCCAGCCGAUCCCCACCUUGCUGUCCCCCCAGGACCUGGGGUCCUCCGGGGUCUCAGCCCCAGGCCCCACAUGGAAGGCUGCCCCAGGCCCCAGGGUCUUCUGCGUCCCCCGGAUCAUCUUGACAGAAUGUGCCCCUAGCUCUCCCUCUCCACCGGAAGCCAGGCUUGAAGCACCCAGUCUCAGGAUGAUCCCAACCCCAAGGCCCAGGACACUGGCGGGCAGUGGGAGGGGCUGGGAUGGAGCACCAGGCCCACCAGGGGGUGUGGCAGGGCCCUCCCUUCCCAGGACCCACUUGAUGCCUGAGAAGGAAGAGGCAGCACUGAUGGUGAAGAAGUGUCUGACCUUGGGCUGCCACCCAGAAGAGAGAGGAUCCCAGGGGCCCUGUCUUCUGGGACCAGCUCCAGGAAGGACUCAGGAGCCCUCUACCAUUGAAGAGACCCCUGAGAACUCUGGACCUGAUGCUCAGCCCCGAAACAUGGAGUUUCAGGGCCAGCAAGCUUCUGGCGAAGGCUGUGCAGCAAGAGAUUACCGUACCCGGCGUGUGGACAGUCUGGAAGAGACUCUCCGGGAACUAGAAGCCACCCUGAGCCAGAUGGGCAUGGAUCCCACUGCGGGGCCCCCUGAAAGUCCCCCACCCAUGCCCCCUAUCCCCCAGAGUGGUGGUGGCAGUGUGCCACCCAUGAAGGUGGUGACUCCGGGGGCCUCUCGCCUGAAAGCAGCCCAGGGCCAAACAGGCAGCCCCGACAAAGGCAAGCACGGCAAGCAGAGGGCCGAGUACAUGCGGAUCCAGGCCCAGCAGCAGGCCACUAAACCAUCUAAAGAGAUGAGCGGGUCAAAUGAGACCUCAAGCCCAGUCUCAGAAAAGCCCUCGGCUUCCAGAACCUCCAUACCCGUAUUGACUUCCUUUGGGGCAAGGAACUCUUCCAUCUCCUUCUAGAAGUCCUCUCACACCUCUGCCCUAGCCUGCCUUCCUCCUUACCUCUGCCAUUUCUCUCCCUCUUCUUCCCUUCCUCUCCACUCACCCUACCCCAUUCUCAAGACCUUCCUAAGGGUUUGCCACAGAUGUGGUCCUCCUCAGCCCUCUCUGUACCAUCCCCUGUGGGUGUUUUUGGUUCUGUUUUAAUAAUUCACUUCCAAUUAUCUUUUAAAAAAAUAAUAAAAAGCAUAACAGUAACACUAAAAACCAAAACACACCACUUGAUUUCCUGUUCCAAAAUGGCAUACUUCCUGUCAUUAUCCCUCCCUUUUCUCUUUCCCUCCUUCUUUCCCAUGUUCAUCCUGAAGUCCCUCCCCUCCCUUCCCACCUUCCCUGGAACUUCCCAAGAGCUCUCCAAAUAAACUCUGAGCCACGGAGACUUGGAGCUACGAGACACCCUCUCCCCUUCCUUGGAAACCUUCCUGGAAGAAAACCUGGACAUUGGACCAACUUCAGUAUCAGGCUGGAAAACAAGAGGCACUGGAAGAUUCUGACCCUGGAGGCACCCCCUGUCCAACCUCCAGACAUGACUGAACUCUGCUGUUCCCUUCCACUUGUGCCCUGGCGGGACUGGAACCAACGCAGAUGGGCUGGGUGGGGAGGCCAGUCUGAAGGGUCUUGGCAUGGGAGUGAGGUUGCUGAAUCUGUGUGUGCUGGAAGAGGUGUUGACUUUUCAGGCCUCCUUUCCUGUGGUGAGGAGCAGCCUGGGCCCUGCAGAAGAAGGGGCCCCAUGGGACUAUGUGUGGACAGCAGGUUGAGCAGGCAGCCUGACACUGGGGACACUGCCUUGCAAGAGGGCAACCCCAAUAUGGGGUACAUAGUACUUUUAGUUUCCUAAUUUAGCACUUUAAAUGACAUUAACUUAUUUAAAAGGGGGUGGGGGGCAAGAAUGAAGGGCCUACAUUCUAGAUUUUGGGGCCUGAUGGGUGGGAAUGGUCUGGUUGUGGGGGUGGGGGCAUUGAGAAGGGGACUUUUGGGGGACAAUGAAGACGGCUCUGGCCGAAUGGUGACUUAAACUUCAGCCAUCUUCUUGAGAUUUGAGGGUUUUCAGGGAAGGGGUGAGGCAUGGUUUUAAAUGGGCAGCCAGCAACCCUUGGUGAGAUCCUUGAAGGUCCCCAAGGCUUAACCAGUCAGUCAGCAGCCCCAAAACAUGGACACCUGUGUUGCAGAGGCUGUUGACUGAGGCUUUGGGCUGGGUCAUGAGAAGAGACCAAUGUUUGUUCUCAGCCCUGGACCCCCAGAUGGCACAGUGAAGGUUCAGCGGGGAGAUUCUGUGGGUAGUUGGGGUCCCCAGGGAAGAGGAUUUCUAUUUGUAGCACAAGUGGGGUGAGCACAGGGGAGGAGGCUAGGAUCAGUCUCCCCAAGUAAGCACAGAAUGAAGGAGACAUCAGAGGGACUGAACCUCCUAGACCCUUGGGGCCUGGUGGGAGAAGGUUUCUAUCCUGAAGGGGGAGGGCCUGGAGGAGCUGUUGAGGGUUGGGAAGGGAGGGCAAAUUGGGUUGUGUUUCUCCAUUUCUUUCUCUUUUUUUGUUUUGUUUUCGUUGAUUCAUCCUUGUUUUAUAGCUUUGGAUCAUUUUUGUAUAAAGGCAAGCAUGCCUUUUUGAAAAAUAACAAAAGAAGAGGAAAAAAAAUCCCUCCUGGGAAAAAAAAAACAACCCUGGAAAAUAGAAAAAAAAAAAAAGGACCUCAUAAAUGAUGCAAUUACUUUUAAUUGCAGGCAACUCUUUACAUUUAAGUGAAGUGUCUUAACAUUUUAUAUUGUUUUAAAAAUAUAUUUACAUAUUAUAUAUAUAUAAUAUACGUAAUAUAAAUAUAUAUAAAUAUAUAAAAAGAAAAAAAAAGAAGAAAACCACGGCACUCUCUCCCUGGCCGCUGUUUUGGCAGGGGAGGGCUUUGGAGGGUGGGCUUACCGGCCUGGCUUCUGUGGUCCAGUGAAAUGGUUUGGUUGAUUUGGCUGUAUAGAAACCCCUGGACUUGGGAGGGGAAUGGGGAGCGGUGUCCCUGUUCCUCUGCUCCAUUACUCUUUGCUUGCUACUUUUCGCUUGUCCCCUUCCUUGCCCCUUCAGCCCUGUGACCUGAAUGUGUACCCCACCGUCAUUGUCCUAAGUUGAAUGUCCCUUUGUGGGGGAGAGGGAGGUGGGGGGAGGUGUUUAGCCACUCGGAGGCAGGUGGAGGGAGUCGCAGGGCCCACACUGCCGGCUCACAUGAAGCCCUGCGGGAUUCGCAUCUUCCUUCUGCUUGCGUACCUGCUCACUCACCCACGGACAGCGAGGCGUGCUUUGCAUGGAGCCACACCCGGCCCACGAGUGCAAGCGUGCAUGCACGGGCCCGGGCCCACUGACUCGUGUAUGCGUGGAGGGAGGGGAAGCAUGAGCUUGCAGGGAGGCGUGUGCUCACAGGUGCAUGUGGCCCCUUCGCACCAGCACGUGCCCACCUGCAUGUCAGUGGGGAGCAGCUCUGUGUGAGAGUGCAUGUGUGUGCAGGUGUGCGGGGCUGAAAGCCUUGUCUGUGUGGGGCCACGUGCGCGGAUAGAGCAGUGGAGGUGGUGGGCAUGUGCGUGUGCACAUGCGUGAUGCCUAAGAGCGCCAUCUUCCCCCGUUCAGCCCGCUGUGGCUUUGCUCCCCGAGCCGUCCAAGGCCCUCUCAAAGGCGGCAGCACGCCCAAGCCCCCCAGCUGCAUGCGCCUCGCUGCUCUGUCCAUCAGUGUGUGCUUGCCCAAGACAAAACCAAAAUGUCUGGGGGGGACCCCUAUAAGUGGUCCCCACAGCUCCUGCCCUCUGUGCUGUUUUAUUCGCAUGGGGGGUUUCUCUCCCACCCCUGCCACAAUACGCUGAUUCCCCAGGAGUCUCAGGCCCGGGGCUCUGCUAGGGAUCCCGAGUGGUCCCUCCAGGGCGAGCCUGGCUCCAUACCCCACCCCAUCCACCCCGUAGGGCCUGUGUUGGUGUACAGUGACGGCUUCUGUGGAUAUUCUGUGACCUCUGUCAGUGUAACUUGACAAUUUCUAAAUGGAAAAGGGUUGCUGUGUUUUCUCUGUCUCUCUUUUUUAAUGUCCUUUUUUUCUUCCCCUACUUCCUGGCUCUUUCCUUCUCGGUUUUUCUAGCCAAGUGUUUGGGGCUUCAAUAAAACUGGUUUCUUUUUCCUC